AUGUUCAGUCUAAAACAUGCGCUCGCCGCCCUUCCAUUCCUGGCAUCAGCCUGCCUGGCAUUGACCAUCCCUGGGAACGACGGUAACGCUAUCGAGCAAUGGAAGUCGGAUGACGACGACUGGGGCCUCGUCAUGAGCAUGGACAUUCCCGACGGUGACAACUUCCCCAUGGUCGCCCACGGUCUGCUCAAGAACCACAAGAAAAAGGCCCAUAUAACAAUGUACGGCCGCGAGGUCAACUACGGAUGGGAGGAGAUCAGCACCGUCAAGCUCAACGAAUUCCUCGAUGACGAAGCCCUGAAAAAGGUCACAGCAGAAGCGCAAAAGGAUGCCCUCGACGACUCCAUGGAUGAGACAUGGCGCUCGAUCGCCAAGGAUUUGAUCAAAAACUACGGAGAAGCGAACUGCUUCAUCGAGGCCUGGAGGCAAAUUGCCCGUAUAAAGCGCGACAACCCUGAGUUUAAAACCUGGAUGACCGAGGUUCCCGUAUUCUACAUCGUCUCCGACGGGACCGCUGAUUUCAAGAAAAAAGCGGUCCCCAAGCUUUCAACCGAGUUUCAGGCCUGGUACGACUACUUACACGAAACCUCGACUACUGCCGACGAAGAGCUCUACAUGCAAGUCUCCAAGAUCCGCCUCAUGAGGUUCUUGGAUUCCUUCAAGAUCGACAGGAAAAGAUACAAGAUCGUCACCAAGGGCGGCGGCAAGCCUGAGGCUGGCGCCAGCGAGCCGCGCCUAAAAAAAGGCAUCCACUUCGCCAAGCAGGUCACGGACUAUGAAUGGGGUCUGGACGAUGACACAACCCAAUCGAUCCAGAAAUGCAAGGGGAUGAAUCGGAAGAAUCCGUAUGACAAGGAAAGGGAAACGUGCAUCCGCGGCGCCCUGCAGAAGAUGGGCAAGGAGUUCGUGAAGGAGAACGGCGACGUCGGCGAGCUUGUCACGUACAAAAAUGAGAUCCCAGACAGCGAUAUCAAAAAGGACAUCAAGAAAUACCUCAGCGUCAACAAGUUCCGAUACCUGGUAGGCGGCCCACUGACAUCGCUGGCGCACCAUCUUACGGCGGACGACAAUGACAAGGAGCACACGGUCGAGCAGGCCGUCGUCAUGCUGCAGUCCUUCGACCCCAAAUCGAACCUUUUCAAGGUGCAAUACAACCACUUCCUCGACCCAGGCGCGUCCAAACUCGUCAUGGGAAAGGCCAUCCAGGGCAACGACAAGCUGGACUUGUGGCUGAUACCCACCGAGAUCGCCAAGGUCAGCCCGUGGACCUUCACGUUCAGGAACCCGGACACCAUGGCUGAAGCGUUCGGCAAGGGCAGCGCCGUGUACUCGCUGGAGCAGUCGUUCGUCGGCGGGUCGGGGCUUCAGGCGAACCUGUUCGACCUGUUCUGCAGCGUCUACGCCUACGAGCCCGAUCUGUUCCCGGCCGCGAUCGCCGCGGACUACAAGGAGGACCGGUCGGUGGAGUACCUGGGUGUCGACUUUGUAAGACUCGAGAAGAGCGACAAGAGUGCGAUGUACGUUGUCGGGAUGAACAAGGACGAUCCGAUGAAUUACAACUUGAAUAACUAUCUCCACGAGAAGCUUCAGACUAAGAAGGAGGAUAUGCUGGAGUCUCUCAACAAGGUGAUGGGAUGA